AUGGCGGAAGAUUAAUAACCAUUUUCAUUUACUCCUGAGGGCGGAAGUGCUACAAAUUCAACAAAGGAUUAUUCUGGCAAAGGAAUAGCUACUUAUCCAAAUGGUGAUACAUAUGAAGGUUAAUAUGUAAAUGGAAUUAGAGAAGGAAAGGGGAAAUACACUUACAAUCCAUCAGGAGAUAAAUAUGAAGGGGAAUUCUUACAGAAUUUAAAACAUGGAAUUGGAAGAUUGAUUUAUGCUAAUAAUAAAGGAGAAUAUUAUGGAUAGUGGGAGUAGGGACUGAGACAUGGAGAAGGAUUAUAUACAUAUGCUAAUAAAGAUGUGUAUUCUGGUUAAUGGUCUAGAGGAAAGAAACACGGAUAAGGUACUUAUGUUUUUAAUGACACUGCUAUGAGAUUUAGAGGUACUUGGAAUAACAAUGAGAUUGUUGAUGGAGAAUGGAUUUAUCCAAAUGGAACAGUAUACAGAGGUCCAUUUUAACAUAAUAAGCCAAACGGAGUUGGCAGAUUUGAAUUUGCUAAUAAAAACUAAGUGGAAGGGUAUUAUACAUAGACUAUUGUGCCAAAUGCAAAUCCAGAUGACACUACCUUAAAUAUAUAAUUGGAAUGGGUAACAACAAAACAUUAUUGA